GAGCAAUUCGGUGACUACGUCGACAUGCUGGAUAGUGGCAUGGCAGGCGGGGUGCCCAAUCGUUUGUCCGGCGACAAAGUGCUCCGCUACGCCUUCCGCGCUGCCGGCAUCACUCCGGGAAGUGGCUUGCGUCGGCGCGCGGAGGCUGAGCUGGCCGCUCUGGCUGCUCGGCCUCCUGGUGGUGACGACGGUGAUGCUGCUCCUCUCCCGCCCCUGCCUGGGCCGCCCGCUGGUUCGACAGCUGCCGGCGUCGACGACGACCCUGAGCUCUCUGCUGCUGGCACGUCGGCUGGGCAGUGCCUUGUGGUGGGCUCGCGCCGGUUUGCUGGCGAGAACGUGGGGCCCUUCCGCCGCGGCGAGUCCGCCGUGGGCGAGCGCUCGGACGUCGCCUUCGGGGGCGGAGGUCAGGCCUUGCUGCAGCGCAGCGGGGAGGACAUCCGCACGCUGCCCGUGGCGCACAACCCUCGCGGCGAUCGCACUCGCAGCUUCGGUGGCGCUCGGAGCCUGCUGCGCGAGGGGCCGCUGGAUGACGCCUGGCCCGUGGAUGGGCCUCGUACGGUGCACUGGCUCGUGGAGGCCUUCGCCAGCAGCGGGGAGGCGCCCGUGCCCCACCACCAUUGGUGGCGACAGGCUCUCGGGGCCACCUUGUCGGUCCCCGGCGUCGACGAGCGCCUUUUCCUCUCGGAGACCUUGCAGCAGGGGCUACAGUGCGACCAGCUUAACAUCUGCAACCUCGCUUGCUUCGAGGGGGUGGCCCGCCGCUGCCAGCUCUGGGGGGAGAG